AUGAAGGCAUCGCUUUUGACCGUUCCAACAAAGAAAACAGAAGAAGUCAAUUGGUCCAAACCAUUGACAAAGUACCUACUAUCAGUCUACGGCAAUACCUCUGAAUUCCUGGAGGAUGUCAAGAGUUUCAACAAACUUCGCCUGGACAUCAGAGGAGCUCAUGCCGACGAUACUGGAAUAGGCUUGUACAUGCGCUACUACAGUUAUUUGGAGCUUGUGGACCUUAGGGUGCCCAUGGAUGUGGUGAACAAGCAUAAAUCAAUGAAGUUUAUCUGGCAUGAUGCGUUUGUGCCCUCCAGUCUGCAUGAACAGUUUGCAUUGGCAUUUGAGAAGGCUAGUGUUCUCUUCAAUAUCGGCUCGUUGAUGACCAAGGCGGCUUCUGUGAAUUACAACAUCUCCAAGCGAAGCACCGGGGGAGACGAACAGGCGUUUAAAAAAGCUAUCAGAUUAUACCAGGAGGCAGCUGGUGUUUUCGAAUUUUUGUCAAAAACAUUUCUCAAUGGCCCUUCUAAUGAUCUCAACCCUUCUACAAUUAGUUUCCUUAUCAACCUCUGCUUAGCGCAGGUCCAGGAGGUAUUCACAUUAAAGGCCAUUGAUGGAGACUUGGAGCAGAAAAUGAACUCUGUGAUUGCAAAACUAUGUACCUCUACCGCCCAGUGUUUUGACGAGUGUUACAAAGUGAUCAGUCACUUGUCAACUGCUGAAGGUGCUUCAAAAGUAUCAAAUCACUCAACGUACGCUGUUACAGAAAGUGACGUCGAAAGUUUGUCGGGGGACGAGCAGUUGGAUUUUGAGUAUGAUCCUGACAAGAAUGGCCUUCCAGAUGAGAAAGUAUCUGCUCAAUUGGACCCUUUUUGGGUCUCAAUCAUCGAGGUAAAGGCGCUCUACUACAAGUCAUUGGCGUGCUAUUUCCAAGGAUUGCAAUUGGAGUCGAAAAACAAAUACGGUGAGGCUAUCAGUUAUUUGUCCAAGUCAUCCGAUUUGCUUGCUGCAAUUCCCACAGCCACAUUGAAAUCUGUUGCCAAAAGUGGGGGCGAAGAUGCUUUCGAGCUACUCGACAACUACAAAUACCAGCGCGACGCGGUUGAUAUAAAACUCAAAGACAUCACAAAAGACAACGAUCUUAUCUACCACGAUAUCAUCCCUAAUGUGGCGACAAUAGUUGACCCAAAACCAAUGAAGUGUGGAAGUGCCAAGCCUAUACUUAUCUCUGAAAAUGAAUCUUUUUCCCAGGUGCAUGAGCACAGUUAUACAAACUUCUUGAGUAAUGUUGUUCCUAUCAAUGUACAUGAGCUCUUGAGUUUUUACUCUGAGGAAAAAUCUCAGCUAUUGAGGGCAGAAAUCGACGAGAAUGAUGUUGCGGCAGAAAAGUUGGCAUCAGCUUUGGAGUGUCUCAAAUUGCCGAAAGCCCUCGUAACGAUUAAGGAGCUUUUAAAUACCGAUCAAGCACACAGAGCUUCGGACAGCGUGCAUGUCUCUUUACCGCCGGAUGUUAUCUCUAAAGUCAAUGAAAUUAGCGCAAGCUACGAGAGAGAUAUAGGAAACAGAAAAGAAAUCCACAAAAGAAGAGAACAUAUUUACAAUUUGAUUAAUAACAGUCAGAAGAAUAUCGAGAAAAUACAGUUUUCGGAUUCUUCCGCGAAGUUUCGUGACGAUUUGAUCCGAUUGAAAAAAUCGCUCUAUGACGCUGGCAACUCAGACUCUCGACUCUUCGAGCCUGUUGAUGGCGAGAAUAGUCAGCUUUUUCAAACUCUUGGCCAUGGAAUCCAAUCGAGUCAAUUCCAAACUUUGUUUGCUAUUCAAGCCAACAAGGUAAAUCCCUCCUUUGAUAUAAACAAUGAAAUCAGCUUGUUAGAUGUUGAUGAUAGUCAAUUGCAAGAACAAUCUUCAUCAAUUUCCGGUCAAAUUACCGCCAUCGAGGAUAUCUUGAACGACCUUAAUGUCCUCAAAAGAGAGCGCCAAAAUCUUUUGUCUUCACUCAAGGAAGAUAUUCACAAAGACGACAUUUCCAAUGUCAUAAUGCUCAAUAGCAAAACUAAAAGUACAAAAGAAAUUAAAACCGAGUUUUUCCCGGAAGAGCUCAAAAAAUUCGAGGUGUACCUGAAGAAGCUCGACUACUUGAUCAAAAAGCAAGAGAGUGUCAUUACUGAGUUGCAGAACAAAUGGCUGAAACUAGAAACUAACCCGAAAGUCAAAGAAAUUCAAUCUCUGAGUACUUUCCAAAAUACCGUCUUGGCCGAGCAAGUAUCUCGAAUCAAUCAAUUCAACAGUUCCUGGAGGGGAUACUCAGCAGGUUUGCAACAAGCACUCGAGUUUUACGGACAGUUGCUUAGAUUUGCGGAAGGCUUGAAUCGGGCAAUUGAAAAUGAAAUCAACAACAAUCAAGUAUCGAAUUCAUUCAGUUCUCUACAACUUGGAAGUCCUGCAGGGUCUUUUGGUCAGUUCCAGCGACCAGAGCCGCAUGCCACGCAGAAUCAAGGACUUCCCCCCAAGCCGCCCCGCGUCAACUCAAAUUAUAGUGGCGAAAUCCGCACCGAAUUUCAACCUGAGCAUCAGCCGUCCAACAGAGCCAAUCGUCCGCAGGUAGAGCCUCAAUUCUCUGGCUUCAACUCGCCAAGCAGACCAAACCAGGCAGGAGGACCCAUGAACCCACCGGGCCAAACUCUGAUUUACGAUGAGCCAUCAGCCUACCAGCCCAACAUGUACAACUUUUUCCUGAAGGGAAAUUAA